UAUCAUGGCUAAUGACUCCUUGACAAGGGCGCAGAUAAUUGGAGAUGUUCUAGACCCAUUUACUAGCUCGGUGCCUCUAACUGUGAUGUAUGAUGGGAGGCCUGUGUUUAAUGGCAUGGAGUUUCGCUCACCGGCGGUUUCCCUGAAACCUAGAGUUGAGAUUGGAGGUGAUGAUUUUCGAGUGGCCUAUACCCUAGUUAUGAUGGAUCCUGACGCGCCUAAUCCAAGCAACCCAACCCUGAGGGAAUACCUGCAUUGGAUGGUGACUGAUGUCCCAGCAUCGACAAAUGAUAGCUUUGGGCGGGAGAUCGUAACAUACGAGAGCCCAAACCCCACCAUGGGCAUCCACCGGAUGGUGCUGGUGCUGUACCAGCAGCUGGGGAGGGGGACGGUGUUUGCGCCGCAAGUGCGCCACAACUUCAACUCCCGCAGCUUCGCACGCCGCUUCAACCUCGGCAAGCCCGUCGCCGCCAUCUACUUCAACUGCCAGCGCCCGACGGGCACAGGAGGUAGAAGGUUCACCUGAUCGAUUUGGCCAUUCCGGCCAGUCGAUCCAAGGCAAAGCUUAAGCUCUAAGGUCCAUAUACAUCAUAUAGCCGCAUCACACGGGUAUACCUACCAAUAGAUAGCUAGAAAAGCUUGAAUAAACGUACUGGAACAAGGUUUAUCUGAUCUAUCAAAUUGAUCGAUCAGCCAUGUUCAGCUCGUGGGCAUAAAAGUUAAGCUCGAGCUUAGCAGUACCCAUAUGUGCGUGCUUAUAUACACUAAUGCAUAUAGCCGCAUCACACGGUACUUAGCUAGAAAGUUGGAAUAAAUGUACCUGUGGCACUAGUUUGUAGGCUCAGAAGUAAUGUGCCUUGACAAGGAUGCGUAGCUGCUUUGCGAUAAGGGACGUGACAUUUUGUCACGUCAUGGUAAUGAGAUAUAUUGAGAUAUGUGCGGUUCUUUCAGUUCUACAGUUUGA